UAAACGUCUACUCCAUUUAAAAUGUAAUAUUUUACAAGAUUUAGGUGUAUUUAUGAACGUGCAUUUUAAUGAGCUAUGUCAGGCAUAUGCAAGCGCCCAACAGAGUUAAAACGUGAUAUGUGAAAAGGCACGAAAAGUCUCCUGUGCUCUUUGAAUGGCAGCCAGUGUUGUUAGCGCUAACCAGUAGCUAGCUAGCUAGCUAGUGUUAGCCCGCUCAAUAGGCUACUACUUUAUUAUAAACGUCAGCUACGGGCACACGCAUGAAACCAAAGCAGUUACAUAAUCUGUAAACGGUUACAGUUUACCAGAUACACCCAGUAAGGCAUUUUAAUAAGUGAAUUGGUAGCGGGAUGCUCGUAGGUUCUCAUGGCGCUAGUUAGCUUAGCCAGCGGCCUUAACGGUAGUAACGUAGCGGUAACGUUGGCCAAGAUUAGCUGAAACUUAAGUGUUUGUUAUGGAAUAGCUGGACUAAUAUUGAUAUACACGUUGUGGUUUAUAUCAGCCGCUGUUUUACUGUAGCCUCGCCCUAAAUAAGUUAGUAAAUUAUUUGUUCAUUGUCAUCUGUUGAGCAUAACGUGUGAUUAGUUAUCACAGUGUUAUUUUCCCGCUGUCAACCAAACUGCUGUUGUUUCCAUGUGAUAAGUAACCGUACUUUCAUAUGUGUCCUUGUUCUUUUAAUAGCAUUCAGGACAAUUGUUCUGUGUGUGUGUGUGUGUGUGUCUGUUGAGACCCGCCAGUACACCAGGAUGGACUCGGAUAUUUUGAACAUAGAAGAGAUAGUGAUGGGUCGGGGACUGCCAGAUCCACCUCCUGCAGCUCCCCCUGAAAAACCAGCAGUACCACAAAGACCCAUCAUUUUGAAUGGACCUCUUGCGGCCUCCGUUCAGCCCUACCAGCAUGAAAAUCUGCAGUGUUUCCAGUGCUUCAUCACCUUCUGCAGUGCCAAAGCCAAGGAAAGGCAUAUGAAGAAGAGCCACCGGGAAGAGUACAAGCAACAGCUUCAGCAGGGAAACACAUUGUUCACAUGCUAUGUGUGUGACCGAUCAUUUCUGUCCUCUGAGGAACUGACACAGCACCAGCCAACACACAGCAAGGAUGACAAGCCCUUCAAAUGUGUGCACUGCAAGGAGAGCUUUAAAACAUUCUCUGAACUAACAGCCCACAGAAGACAGGUGUGUCCAGAGAAACAGUUGGUAUGUAAAGAUUGCAAUGAAACCUUCCGGAGCGCUGGACUGUUGCGUAAUCAUCGCCUGACCCAGCAUCUCCGCCCAGAGAUAGAGACCGCAGAACAGCCGGAAGACCCCACGAAAACCCACCGCUGUAAGAAGUGUGGUCAGGGCUUUGAAACGGAACCGGAGCUGAUAGAACACCAGGAGAAGUACCCCGACGGUCAGCAAUGCAAUGGCAGCGCUUCAGCCGUCAAGAAACGAGGACGGCCUUCCAAAGCGGAAGAUCCGGCAGCUGCAGAGAAAAAGGGGAAGCGGAAAAAGAAAGAUGAGGCAGAAGUGCCCGAGGAGGCGGUGAAGGCCAGCAGCACAGCAGAGUCAGCUGCACCCCCUGCCGAGGAAAAGGGAAAAGCAAGUGGGGCGAAGCGUGGGCGUCCCUCUAAAGCAGCAACCAAAUCAGAAACUGAAGAUACGAAGAGUCCUGAGGACGACAGUCAAGCUCCAGCAAAGGAGAAGAAACCUAAAGCAGAUGCUGCUGCUGCUGCUGCUCCUCCGGCCCGUCAGCACCCAUGUCCCGAAUGUGACCUCACAUUCUCCGGCUUAAUUCAGCUCCGUGCUCACAAGAAGGUGAAACACGCCCCGCGGAAAGCUCAUCCCUGCGAAGAAUGUGAAGAGAGCUUUGGCCGUCCGGAGCAGCUGGACGCCCACAUGUCACGGGCUCACGCUGUCGGCCGCCUCGCCUGUCCAGUCUGUGGGAAGAGCUUUGGCCGUGAGCGCACCUUGCAAGCUCACCAGAAAAGCCACCCGGAGGAACAGCUGGAAAACCCAAGUGCAAAGAGAUAAUUGAGCCGCGGGGACCUCGCAGAAAGUGUAUGGUUUCUGAAGAUUUUAGUCAGGCAUUGUCCUUUUCUUUUAACAUUGGAGAUCUGAUCCUCCUGAUGGUAGUUCAGAGUUUGGAAUGGUUUUGAGAAUGACGUUUUAGCAAGUUUUGGAUUUGAGUUUUGAUUAUGAGCUGUUGAGAUUUUGGACAUGCAGACACAUCUCCUAAAUUGACUAACCAAAUAUUAAAUCCAUCUGUUGCACCCAUUGCCACAAAACAUAGUUUAUUUGUAAAAAAAAAAAACUGAUUUUGAUUAACUUUUUAAAUGUUUUUUUUUUUUAAUGCUUGAAAUGUGUG